CAGUAUCGCAUAAUCCGCGCCCGUCACCUUUCAUGUCAACUUAAACAUCACCAUGCUUUCAUUGUGUUGUCAUUGAAAUUUUAUGCGUUUUGUCAAGCAUAAUUUAAAUCUUCUGUAAGCACCACGUUUAAUACACCUUCGACGAUAUCAUGGAUGUCCUGCCUUCGUACUUUUCCAUUACGAAACUUAGUACAUCUGCUCAGCUUAGAUAUGAAAAAGUUCAAGAAUACAAGGAUUCAUUAAAAAGUAAAGCUGAGAAUUUGAUAUUGAAAGAGUUUCCGGAAACUAUAGUCAGCUUGAAUGAUCUGCUUGAGACACCAGCUUUUAAGAAUAGGCACUUCUCUGAAGUGUACUAUGAUCUAAACAUACCAGUGCCUGAUCCAAUCCUAUUGAAGGAUGAUGAUGACAUGCCACCCAAAAAGAAAGUCAAGUAUGACAACAGCAUAUCUCAGGAUGGCACCAAAGUCAUGCUUUUACCAUCUGGAUCUGUGCCAAGCAACAAGCAUCUAGUUGAACUAAUUGAUAUUGUUAAACCUCGAAUUAGAAAACUUAUGGAAGAUUCCAACUUGCUGAAGAUGUGGAUAUCUUUCAUGAUACCCAAAAUUGAAGAUGGCAACAACUUCGGUGUUUCAAUCCAGGAGGACACACUAGCAGAGGUGCAGUCUGUGGAAGCAGAGGCAGCUGCGUUCUUCGACCAGAUUUCCCGUUACUUCAUCUCGCGUGGUAAACUCGUAUCGAAAGUGGCGAAGUACCCGCACUUGGACGACUAUCGACGCGCUGUGGAAGAAUUGGACCAAAAAGAAUACCUUGGCUUAUGGCUAGUGAUGGCUGAGGUGCGGAAUCGAUAUUGCUCCCUGCAUGAUAUCGUCGUGAAGAACUUGGAUAAGAUCAAGAAACCUCGCUCAUCGAACGCGGCCGAAUCUUUGUACUAGCCAAUUUAAAUUGAUUACAUUUCCAACACAUCCUAAUCUUUAACAUUUUUUUAACAUUGUUUAUUUGAUUAUAAUAACCAUUUUACGAGUCAUCAUUUGUGUUUCAACCGGCGCAAUUUAGAGAUAAUUUAGCAGUUGUUUUAAAAUUCGCAUAACGCGCGCAUCUGCCAUUCUUGAUUUUAUCUGACAAAUUACAGUUGUUGCUGAAGAAACAUUGAUUGUAACAUCAAAUAAUGGUCUACGUAAAUAAUAAGAUUCUCACGAAA